AUGGAAAAUAAUUUUAGAGUUAAUAACAUUAUAAAUAAUAUGGAUGAACAUGAAUCGUUUUUAGAAAUUAGAGUACUUAUUUCAUUAGAUGAAGCAUCAAGAAUUAUCGGUUCUAAAGGUAAUACAAUUUCUAAGAUUAGAGAUAAUAAUAAGGUUAAAAUUGGUAUUUCUAAAAUGGUUCCAGGUUGUUCAGAUAGAAUUUUAACAUCAACUGGAAAAAUUAAUCACGUUGCUAAUUCUUUAGGUGAUAUAGUUGAAGCAUUGUUAUUAAGUUAUAAUAAUGAAAAAGAGCAAGAUGAAAAUGACGUUUCAAUUAUGCAAAAGAAAAAAUUUCCAUUCCCAUUUUUAAAUCAUAUUUUACCAUUACCUUCUUUAAAUGAAAUUAAAAAUCCAUUAGAACUUAAAAAUAUUGGAUAUAUUAGAUUAUUAUUACUUAAUUCACAAUUAUCAUCAAUUAUUGGAAAACAAGGUAUUAAAAUUAAAUCAUUAAUUGAAAAAAAUGGUGUUAAAAUUGUUGCUUCAAAAGAUUUUUUACCUGAUAGUAAUGAAAGAAUAUUGGAAAUUCAAGGAUUUCCAAGUUCAAUAUCAAAUACAAUUAAUGAUAUUGGUUUGAUUCUUAUUGAUGAUAAAGAAAAUAAUAAUACAAUUGGAUUGAAUAAUGGUAAAAUUUAUUAUCCACAUUUAAAAAAUUCAAUUGAUAAUGAUGAGGUUAAAGCAACUGUAUUGGUUCCAGAAAAUUUUGUUGGAGCAAUGUUAGGUAAACAAGGUAAAAGAUUGAAUAGUUUGAGAAAAUAUACAAAUACAAAGAUAAUUGCAGCAAAGUCAGUAGAGACUAAAGAUGAUCAUGUUUAUUUUUUUACAAUUACUGGGAAUACUAUGAAAAAUGUUUUAAUGGCAGAGUCAAUGUUAAUUAAAAAUUUAGAAACAGAGAUGCAAAGACGUCAAGAUAGAUUAGAGAAUGAAGAAACAUAG